ACACACACACACACACAAAACCGUUUCAAGACAGUUUCCUGUGAAACCCCAGACCGAAAUGCAACAGAGAACUGUUCUCAGAAGUCUUUCUCGAGAGAGGCCAACAUGGGGAGGCAAAACAAGACCACAGAACAGGAUGAAGAAAAAUUUACAACAAAAAAAAAAAAAACAGCCUCAUUACUUAGACAGAUUCUGCAUCAAACACAUUACAGACUUAUAUAAUGCUCUAAAAAGAGGCUUUUAGCGUUUAUUUAUUUAUUUAUUUAUGUUCAGCAAAAUGCACACCUCCCUCACGUCCUUGUUCUCUGGUGUAAAUAUGGCUCAUUUACGAAUGGAAAACAACCAUAAAUAAAAUAUAAGCUCCGGGAUCAAAUUGGGUCUCUACAGAGGCAGUUGCAACAAAAAGAAGAUGUUAUUAAAGACAUGACAUAUGACAGAACGUCAACUAUACCAGAUUACCAGAAGGCCAGCUCCGCCCCUCUCUGGGAUGAUGGAAUGGUGCGGGAGCGCCUGGCCCACUACCAGCAGGCUGCAGAGAAGGCACGGAGCGAGCUGGCCGCCCUGCAGGCCAAACAUCAGAGCAUCCAAGCACAGCUGCAGGACGUCCUCUCCAGGCUGGCAUCUCGGGAUGCAGCAGUCCAGGAGCUGAGGGAGGAGCUGGAGGGAUACAAGGAGUCAGGCGCCAGGCAGGCCUCCCUGGUGGGCACCCUGAGGGAGCGGCUGCAGGACGCAGAACAGGACGCCGGGGGCCUGGCUUCCUCCAAGUCCCGCCUGGAUGCUGCCCUGCAGGAACUGGCCAAUGAGAACCGGGUGCUGAAGAGGAGGGUCCUUGAGCUAGAGAGCCAGUCACAAGAGCACCUUAGUGGCUGGAACAAGACAAAGCGGGAGGCUUCAGACACCAAACGGACAUACCAAGCAUUUGUGUCCAAACUCGCUACCAGUUUGGCCGUGGAUCUUGGAGGAAGAAAAGACCCCCUGGAAUAUAUUUUGUCUCAGGUAGAUGCACUGUGUGAGCGGAGUGAGGGACAGAGGGGAAAGAUCCACACCCUGGAGGAGAGUAUACAGGCCCUGGAGGUGGAGUGCAGGGCCAGCAGGGAGACAGUGAUGAGGCUGGUGGCGGAGGUGAGCCGUGAGCGUGGAGUAGCCUCCACUCGGGCCAAGGAGGUGGAGUCUCUGAGACAGGAGCUCAACAGUACCUUGCUGGCCAAGAGGAAUGAGGAGAAGGAGAACCAGAGUCUUCAGGAUAGGCUGCAUGCAAGCCAGCGGGCCCUGGCAGCCACAAAACAGGAGCUGGACAGAAUGGAGAGGCGCUCCCUCGAGCUGGACGGCCAUCUGGCGGGCACCCAAAUCAAAGCCCAGAGUUUGCAGGCCCGGGAACAGGCCUUCAGGGAGGAGCUGGCGACGCUGCUGGGAGGCAAGCUUGCCACAGCGCCCCCUACAGAGGAGGACUUGUGGGAGCAGCUGAAGGAGAUGUGCAGCAGGGAGAAGAGCAGCAGAGCGGCCUUGCUGGAGAUGCAGGCAAAAGCUUCCCAGAUGUCGGAGAAGUUGGCUGAGCAGGAGCAGCUCCACCAGGUGGCGCUGCAGAGGUCCCAGCUGGCAGAGCAGCAUGGCCGGGAGCUGGGUGCAAGGCUCCGGGGGCUGGAGGUGGAGCUGCUGUCAGGGGAGGUCCUUCAGGAUGGGCUUAGGCACAACAGACAGCACCACGAGCGCUUCCUGGAGCAGCUUUCAGAGAAGAUGAAACUGGGCGGGGUCACAGCUGACCUGGGCUUUGACAUGAGGCUGGAAGCCAUUCUGUCACGUGCAGAGCAGCUGGUCAAACAGGAAGGGGCGGCCUUGGUGGAGACCAGGACUUUGGCCCACAGCCUGCAACGGAAGAUGAAGGCCCAGAAGGAACGGCUGGAGAGCAAGGAGCUGCACACAGACCUGCUGCGCAGGAAGGUGGCCCAGCUGGAGGAGGAGAAGAGAGCUCGAUCUGCUCUGGCUGUGGAGCGUGACGAUGCCCACCUGGCUGCCAGAAAGCUGCAGAAGAAGACGGAGAGACUACAGAAAGAGCUGGAGUCCCUGCGGCACUCCAACACUGAGCUCAAAGCUCAGCUCGCUGACACCCAUGGGCUCAAGAUUAAAGUCAUGGAGCAAAAGCAAACCAUCACGGAACAGAACAAGAGCCUUGGUGAGCUGGAGAAGGGGAAGGAGAGUGCAGAGAAGAAGCUGACCACAGCCAAGGCUGAGUUCCAGACCAAGGUGCUUCGAGCCAUAGAGGACCAGCAGCAGGCCCAGAUUCUGCUGGAGAGCCACUCCAAUGAGCUAAGAACCCUCAGGCAAACCCUAGCCGAGCUCAGCAAGACAGAGAGGCAGUUGGCAAACUUUCGCAAGGUAGUGUCCGAAAUGCUGGGCCUAGAUGCCAGCAUGCUGGCCAUCCCCGAUUAUGAGAUCAUUAAGCGAUUGGAAUGGCUGCUCCACCCAUACCACCACCACUACCAUCCCCACCACCAUGCCUCAGAUGCCCCCAGUGCCUACCCACCCCAGCAACACCACCAGAAGGACCCCACCGCUGAGUCUGCUACCAUGGAGAAUGAUCCAAAUACAGCCCUUAAGGCCCUGCCUGCACCCUCAGAAGCUUCCCCCUAGAGCCCAAGGACCAAUCUCCCAUUGCACACAGAUCAUAAACACCUUUACCUUAGUGGAAUCCAAGCCCAUUACAAGGGUGCUGGGACUCAAUCACAGGAGGCCUGCUGUGUGUUCAGAUAUUUACUGAUUUCCUAAUGUACCGAAGCAUUUUCAGCCUUUUUCUAAAUGAUGGAUUGAAGUUGAAAAUAUAGUUCAGUGAUGCUUGGGCAAUUAAUUUGAUUGUAUGUAACAUAUGUCACCCAUCAUUUUGCCAAGAUAUGUCAGUCACUGAUUAUUUUUCACCCUAAAUAUAUUUUAAAUUGAACUAGUCAGGAGUUGCUUGUGCUAUGUGUAAUAAAUGCCAAAGUACAGUAUCUCAUACAUUUUUUGUUUAGAGGAAAAACUGGAAAAAAUUUGCGAGUAUCAAUCAAGGUUUGCAAUGAUUUACAUUCAGAAAGGUAUGAAUAUAAGGUGGAAUGUUAGCAUGACAUGAAUUAAAUCAUAAGAAGAUUUGAUUAGGCAGGGACUGUGCUUAUGACAGAUGUGACAAGACAAAUCUGCUUCCAUGGUAGAAGAUAUACGCUGCAAGAUUUGGCAGAUGUAGCGAUCUCAGUGUGCUUUCACUUUUUACUGUUUUUUUACUAUUUUCAGAUGUUUAAUUAUUAGCAGAGAUUGUACAUUUGUAUUUUCAUAAUCCAUUUUACAAGGUACCUUGACACAUUUAGAUAAAUUUGCUUGACUGUGUGUGCAUGUGUGCAAUUAUUUAUCUGUAAAUCCAAGUUCUUGUACUAACCAUCCGUCCAUUAUCUGUACCCACUUAUUCCUGGUCAGGUGCGCGGGAGGUGCUGGAGCCUGUCCCAACUUGCGCAAGAGGCAGGAAUGCACCCUGGACGGUUUGCCAGUCCAUUACAGGGCACAUACUCCAUUCACUCACACACACAUAUCCUGGGGCAAUUUAGACUCUCCAAUUAGCCUAUCUGCAUGUCUUUGGAGUGUGAAAGGAAACCAGAGUACUCAGAGGAAACCCAUGCGAACACAGCGAGAACAUGCAAACUCCACACAGAAAGGCCCUGGCCAUGAUUUGAACCAAGGACCGUCUGGCACCGCUGUGCCGCCCUAAUAGUAACCAGUGUAGUAAUAUGUGUUUUUGUGAUUUAGACACAGGAGGAUAGAACACAGCUUUUUGGGACUCUCUUCUCAUUGCUGAAGAGAAUCUCUCUCUAUCUCUGUCUCUCUACACACACAUAAUUAUAUAUCACACACUGAGUGGCUACUUUAUUAGGUACACCUAUGUAGUAUCGGGUCGACCCCUUUUGUCUCCUGAACAGCCUGAAUUCUUUGCGGCAUGGAUUCAAUAAGGUGCUGAUAACCUUCCUUAAAGGAAUUGUGGUUCAUGCUAACUUUAAUAGGUACCCCUUUGUAGUAUUGGUUAAGACCUGAUGAGGGAUGAGGUGGAAUGGGAGGUUCUCAGCAUGAAUGUGUGGCUGAAAAAAUCAAAAGGAACUGCUGUAUACCUCUCAUUCCACCUCAUCCCAAAGGUUUGAGAUGUUGGAUUGAGAUGUGAGGACUGUGCAGGCCAUUGGAGUAAACUGAAUCACUUCCAAGUUUGUGAAACCAGCUUGAGAUGACAUGUGCUUGGUGAUGUGAUAUAUUAUCCUGCUGGAUAUUUCUAUUUGAAACCAGGUAGACUGUGGCCAUAAAGGAAUGCACAUGGUCAGCAACAAUACCAACAAUACUGUGUCAUGGUUCGGUGGUUCUGUUUUUCCUUUUUGCACCUCCAGAUGACGGCACUUCAGUUUUGUAUUUCUGUUCGUUCCCUCAUUGGCUUCCCCUGUGUUAAUUGUAUUAUUGUUUUCUAUUAUUCAAUCAUUGUUUUGGUGCAUGUCUCAUUUUCACUUCCCUCCCUGGUUUGAUUGUGAAUUGUGCCCUCCUGUGACUUGUUAGCUUUGUGUCUAUUUAAGUUCUUUGCUUCCCUGACUCGGGUGCUGGUUCCUUGUGUUUCUGACUCUGCGGUUCUGUCUGUGAGUUCUGCCCUGCCCAAGUUCUGUUUUCAUGGUUUUUUUUUUUUGGUUUUUGAAAAUUCUGCUGUUUUUGUUUCUGUAGUAUUUUUGAGAGUUGCCCUGCGUGGCCUUUUGGUUUCCUGGUUUUGUUCAUUUUAAGUAAAAUCUCAGUUUGAAUUUA